AUGGCGAGCGACGAGUCGCUGGACGCGUUCGCCGGGAAAAUCAGCGGCAUGGCGGCGCGCUACACCGGGCUUGGGGCGACGCUCGACGACGUGGCGAUGGUGAAGAAACUCCCGGACUGCGUCCCGGAUCGGCUGUACGCGGCGGUCGCCGGAAUGGAGCAGUUCUGCGACUUGAACUCACUGCUCUUCGAGGACGCACUCGGGCGCCUGAAGGCGUUCGACGAGCGGCUGCGUCGGCGAGGACAGGCAGGCGGCGAGGGCGUGGACGGGCAGCUGCUGUACACCGCGGCACAGUGGCGUGCGCGCGAGCGGCGUCGAGGAGGUGCGCGGGACAACGACGACGACGACAACGCGCGCAGCAACGCAUCGGGCUUCGGAGGCAACCGGCGAGGGCGCUGCUACAAAUGCGGUGAUCGCGGCCACUUCAAGCGGGAGUGCCCGCUGAUGAAGAAGGCGCCGGUGGCGGAGCAUGCGAUGGUGGUGGACGCCGGCGUCGAGGACGGUGGCCUAUUCUGA